AUGGGGAGGGCUCCUUGUUGUGACAAGGCAAAUGUGAAGAAAGGGCCAUGGUCACCUGAAGAAGACGCAAAGCUUAAGGAGUUCAUAGAGAAAUAUGGGACUGGUGGGAACUGGAUUGCGCUCCCUCAAAAAGCAGGUCUAAAAAGAUGUGGAAAAAGCUGCAGAUUGAGAUGGCUUAAUUAUCUGAGGCCCAACAUUAGGCAUGGUGAAUUUUCUGAUGCAGAAGAUAGGGUAAUAUGCACCUUAUAUGCUAACAUCGGAAGCAGGUGGUCAAUUAUAGCUGCUCAGUUACCUGGCAGGACUGACAAUGAUAUCAAGAACUACUGGAACACCAAGCUCAAGAAGAAGCUCAUGGCCAUGGCGGUUACAUCAAACCAGAGAAAACCACCACCAUUUCAAUCUCCUCUUCAAGCCAUACCAUCACAAUCUCCAACAUUCUCUUCUGCACCACCACUGUACAGAGAAUUCAGUUCAUACAAUUACACCCCCUCUAAGUCUCUCACAGGCCUUGAACCCUUAUCAAUCACUCCAAAUCUUUGGAACACUAACAAUGGGAACAAUUCUUUUGUAACCAGUUAUUCUGUUCUUCAAUCCCCAGAAGGCUUGGUGAGUCCAAUGCAGUACUACCCAGUGAAGGACAAUCUCCUCAUGUUUGGAGGAACAGAGGCAAGUUGUUCCUCUUCUGAUGGAAGUUGCAGUCAAAUCAGCUAUGGCAAAGAGAUCAAACAAGAAGACAUGGGUGCUCUACAUAGCUACUACCUCUCAAAUGGGUUAGUAGAAAACCAAAAGUUCAUGCUUGAUUAUGGCAGCAAUAAUGAAGUUGGUGAUCAUCCCAGUGCUUGGACUGAUCAGAAUCCAAAUGGGUAUUUUGGAAACUCUCAAUUACAGUAUGAUCUUGAGCAGGUUAAGCAACUGAUUAGCAGUACUAAUGGGUGUAAUAACAGCUUCUUCUUCAGUGAUGAAAACAAGACACAAGAGAGGCCCAUGUACUACCACUGA